AUGACAUUUUUUUUAUUUCUAAGAUAUGGAAGUGAAUUAGUUUUGGUGGAAUCAUUUUUAGAAAAUAAUUUCACGGCAAAAUUAGCCGCCAAAGUAUUCAAUCCCGCCGAAACUCCCAACGAGCAGUACUGGUUAGGGCUGACAACAUUGGAUGAUUUAAGAACAAAUACGUUAGAAUCAGCCGGAGGUUUGGUUGUCUCUCAAUAUGCAGGUUUUUGGUCUUUAAAUCAACCUAAUCCUUCAAACGGUGAAUGUGUGGAAGUUGCUGUUAGAGAUGAGUAUCAGUCUUGGCAACUAACAACCUGUGAAUCACUUCUCCCUUUUCUUUGCCGAUCAAACGCUUGCCCUGAAGGAUCUUUUCAUUGCUCAAAUGGCAAAUGUAUCAACUCUGCAUUUAAGUGUGACAAACAAGAUGACUGUGGAGAUGAAUCAGAUGAACUGGACUGCCCUGGAAAUUGCCAAUACUACAUGGCAAGCAGUGGAGAUGUUGUGGAGAGUCCAAAUUAUCCCCAUAAAUAUAAUCCUCUGGCUAACUGUAAGUGGACUUUGGAAGGUCCACAAGGACACAAUAUUUUACUACAGUUUCAAGAAUUCGAAACUGAAAAGUCCUUCGACACUGUUCAAAUCUUGGUAGGAGGAAGAACUGAAGAAAAAGCUGUUAAUUUAGCUGCUCUAUCUGGAAAAUUGGAUCUUGGAAAUAAAUUAUUUUUAUCUGCAUCAAAUUUUAUGAUAAUAAAAUUUAGUACUGAUGGAUCUGUUGAAAGGAAAGGAUUUAGAGCAUCUUGGAAAACUGAGCCUCAAUCAUGUGGAGGUAUACUACAUGCAACUUCUCAAGGUCAAUACUUAACUUCACCAGCAUAUCCUCAAAAUUAUCCUGGAGGUUUGGAGUGUUUAUAUAUAAUACAAGCUGAAACGGGAAAAAUAAUUACUUUUGACAUAGAGGAUUUAGAGUUGGAUUCAGCUAAAGACUACAUUUUAAUUAGAAAUGGAAAUUCUCCAGACAGUCCAGAAAUAGCAAGACUUACUGGAAAUCUUAAUCAAAAUGAUAAAAUUAUAAUGUCCACCUCAAAUCAAGUGUAUUUGUUUUUUAAAACAAACCUUGGAGAUUCUAAAAGAGGAUUUAAAAUAAAAUAUUCUCAGGGGUGUCAGGCAAGUAUUACUGCUUUGAAUGGUACAUUCACUUCUCCUGCAUUUGGACUAAGUCAGUAUCCUAGCAAUCAAGACUGCAUAUAUAAAAUAAGAAAUCCGAGAUCUGGUCCAUUUUCACUGAAAUUUGAAAAUUUUGAUGUUCAUGAAACAGAUUUUGUGCAAGUAUAUGAUGGAGCUAGUACUAGUGGUUUAAGACUGCAUCCUGGUAAUGGUUUUACAAAUAGCGCCGUACCAAGAAUCACUCUUACUUCUUCCAGUGGCGAAAUGUUGGUUAGGUUUCAAACUAACGCCCUUCACAACGACAAAGGAUGGAAAGCUAUUUUCUCUGCAGAUUGUCCUAGUUUAAAACCAGGAGAGGGAGCAAUAGCUUCUAGUCGAGAUACUGGUUUUGGCACUGUUGUAACUUUUAACUGUCCUGUCGGGCAAGAAUUUGCCACAGGCCGUUCAAGAAUAACAUCAGAAUGUCUUAAAGGUGGAAACUGGUCCGUUACAUACAUUCCUAAAUGCCAAGAGGUUUACUGUGGUCCGGUUCCACAAAUAGACAAUGGAUUUUCUAUUGGAUCUUCAAAUGUUACAUAUAGAGGUCAAGCCAUGUAUCAGUGUUAUGCUGGAUUUGCUUUUCCAUCUGGACAACCAAUUGAAAAAGUUUCUUGUCUGUCGGAUGGAAGAUGGGAAAGAUUACCAACUUGUUUGGCCUCACAAUGUCCACCACUGCCAGAAACGCCACACGCCAAUCAAACUAUCUUAAACGGCGGUGGUAGAACUUAUGGUACCAUAGUUCGAAUAGAAUGUGAACCAGGUUACAUUCGUACCGGCCAUCCUGUUUUGUUGUGUAUGAGUAACGGUUCUUGGUCUCAAAAUGUUCCAACAUGUUCUCGAGCACAGUGUUCGCAAUAUCCUAUCAUUAAAAAUGGAUUUUUGACCGACUUAUCAAAGGAUUAUUAUUACGGAGAUGAAGGUAGAAUUCAAUGUCAUCGGGGUUACAAACUCACGGGACCGAAUAUAGUUCGUUGUGGAGCAAACCAAGAAUUUUCAAAUGUUCCUAAAUGCGAAGAUAUUAACGAAUGCAGUGCGAGCCAGUGUGAUUUAGCUUCUACGGAAUGUAUAAACACUUCAGGAGGAUUUCAUUGCAAAUGUAAGAAAGGUUUUGCGCCUAAUUACGAAUGCAGACCUGUCGGUGAUUUGGGACUCACUAAUGGUGGUAUUCCUGAUGAAUCUAUAACAGUUUCAAACUCGGAAAAUGGACAUAGCAAAGAGAUGAUAAGGUUAAAUAAUGCUCGUGGAUGGUGUGGAAGUAAUGUUGAACCUGGUAACAACUGGGUACAAUUAGAUUUAAAAGCUCCAACUAUCAUUCGAGGUUUCAGAACUCAGAGUGUAACAAGAGCCGAUGGACAUUUAGCAUUUACCUCAGCUAUUCGAAUUCAAUAUACCAACAAUUUAACAGAUAUCUUCCGAGAUUAUACAAAUCCGGACGGCACUCCUGUUGAAUUUAGAAUUUUAGAACCAACAUUAUCGGUUUUGAAUCUUCCUGUGCCCAUUGAAGCACAAUAUAUAAAAUUUAAAAUUCAGGAUUAUAUCGGAGCUCCGUGUUUGCGUCUUGAAGUUAUGGGUUGUACACGCUUAGAGUGUAGUGAUAUUAAUGAAUGUGCAAUUAAUAAUGGAGGUUGUGAUCAAAAAUGCAUUAACAGCCCCGGAAACUUUACAUGUUCUUGUAAUAUAGGAUUUGAAUUAUUUGUUUCAAACGGAACUGCCGGAUUUAAUAUAGAGGCUUCGGAAACAGGUGAAAGAGAUGGUGAUAUUUAUCAGAGAAACAAAUCUUGUGUACCUGUAAUGUGUCCCAAACUUUAUGCCCCAGAUAACGGAGCCAUUCUUACAACUAAGGAUCAGUUUCAUUUCGGUGAUUUGGUUAGUUUUCAAUGUGAUUUUGGUUAUAUAAUGUCCGGGUCAGCCUCUUUACUCUGUACUUCUGGAGGUAUUUGGAAUGGAACAGUCCCAGAAUGUCAAUAUGCCGUUUGUGUUUCUUUGCCUGAUGAUAAAAAUGAAGGUUUAGUAGUGUCAAAACCAGAUUUAGAAAGUGUUCUUGUAUCGUUUAAACAAAACGUUUCUCUUACAUGUCAAAAUACUGGUCGCUUUUUACGGAAAACUGCUACAUCAAAUUUCAGACAAUGCGUUUACGAUCCUAAACCCGGUUAUCCAAGUUAUUGGCUUUCGGGUGCGACACCUUCUUGCCCUCGUGUAGAUUGUGGAAAACCUCUUUCGUCUCCCGGAGCCGAGUAUGGUGGUUAUCCCGAUACCAAAUAUCAGUCUUCCUUUUUCUUCGGCUGUCAAGAAACAUUUAAACUUGCUGGACAAACGAAUCAGAACGAUAAUGUUGUAAGAUGUCAGGCCAAUGGAGUAUGGGAUUUCGGUGAUUUGAGGUGUGAAGGACCUGUUUGUGAAGAUCCAGGCCGACCAACUGAUGGAUUUCAAAUUGCUAGAAGUUAUGAACAAGGCUCUGAAGUCGAAUUUGGUUGUAACAGACCUGGCUACAUAUUAAUAAAUCCUAGGCCUAUAACAUGUAUUAGGGAACCAGAAUGUAAAAUUAUUAAGCCUUUGGGUCUUGCUUCCGGUAAAAUUCCAGAUUCAGCUAUUAAUGCCACUUCAGAAAGACCGAAUUAUGAAGCUAAGAAUGUUCGACUCAAUUCAGUAACCGGUUGGUGUGGAAAGCAAGAAGCCUUCACUUAUGUAAGUGUUGAUUUGGGAAAAGUUUACAGGGUGAAAGCAAUUCUUAUUAAAGGAGUUGUUACAAACGAUAUUGUCGGAAGACCCACCGAAAUUCGAUUUUUUUACAAACAAACUGAAAGCGAUAAUUACGUAGUUUAUUUUCCUAAUUUUAAUUUAACAAUGAGAGAUCCUGGCAAUUACGGUGAAUUGGCCAUGAUUACUCUUCCGAAAUAUGUUCAAGCUAGAUUUGUCAUUUUGGGUAUUGUAAGUUAUAUGGAUAAUGCUUGCUUAAAAUUUGAGUUGAUGGGUUGUGAAGAGUCUAAUACUGAACCACUUUUGGGAUACGAUUAUGGAUAUUCUCCUUGCGUAGACAAUGAGCCUCCUGUAUUUCAAAACUGCCCACAGCAACCUAUAAUUGUUCAGAAAGGACGAAACGGCUUAGAACCGGUUAUAUUUACUGAACCAAUAGCAGUGGAUAACAGUGGAAGUAUUGCUAGAUUAGAAGUAAAGCCUAAAAGUUUUAGAACACCGAUAACAACUUUUCAGGAUAUGGCAGUAAAGUAUGUGGCUUUCGAUUAUGAUGGUAACGUUGCAAUUUGCGAGAUUAACAUAACCGUUCCUGAUGAUACUCCUCCAUUGUUAAGUUGUCCUCAAAGCUACGUCAUAGAAUUGGUAGAUAAACAAGACAGUUACGUUGUGAAUUUUAAUGAUACUAGGAAAAAAGUAAAUACUUCAGACGCCUCUGGCGAAGUUACGGUUUUAUUUUCACCUGAAAAAGCGACAAUUCCUAUUGGUGGUUAUGAAAACGUUACAGUAACUGCUACAGAUAAAUUUGGAAAUCAAGCUACGUGCCACUUUCAGGUUUCAGUUCAAGCCACUCCUUGUGUAGAUUGGGAAUUAAAGCCUCCAAAUCAUGGGGCCCUUAAUUGUCUACCCGGAGAAAAAGGAAUUGAGUGUAUUGCCACUUGUAAUAGAGGUUUUAAGUUCACCGAUAACCAGCAAAUAAAAACUUUUAAUUGCGAAAAAAAAAGUGCUUGGACGCCAUCUAGUGUAGUACCUGAUUGUGUUUCUGAAGAUACUCAACAAGCUGAUUAUCACGUCACCUCAUCUGUUACGUACCGCGGUAAUGGUGCUGUUGCAUCCCUUUGCUUGUCUCAAUACGCUGAUUUAAUGUCUCAAUAUUAUCCGAAUCUAAAUGAUGAACUAAGUCAAAAAUGUUCAGCUGCUGUAAAUGUUUAUAUAAACGUUACUUUUAGUGAUACCAAACCCAAACUGAUUGACGAUAACGUCGUACAAAUGGAUUUUAGUUUAGCGAUUUCACCAGCUGUUCGUCAACCGCAGCUUUAUGAACUUUGUGGCUCUACUAUAAGUUUAAUUUUUGAUUUAACGGUUUCAUACGCCAGUCAAGUCAUAGAACCUCUUUUAAAUGUUUCAUCUAUAGGAAAUCAAUGUCCACCUUUAAAGGCUCUUAAUUCAAAAAUUUCUAGAGGUUUUGAUUGUAACGUCGGUGAAGUUUUAAAUAUGGAUACUAACGAUGUACCUCGCUGCUUGCAUUGUCCUGCCGGAACGUUUGCUGCUGAAAAAGAAAAAACUUGUACUAAUUGUCCUAAAGGAUUCUUUCAAAAUCGCGAUCGUCAAGGUUCCUGUAUACGUUGUCCUUUGGGCACUUACACCAGAGAGGAAGGAUCAAAAAGCGUUAAUGAUUGUAUUCCAGUGUGUGGCUACGGUACUUAUUCUCCUACUGGUUUAGUCCCUUGUUUAGAAUGUCCUAGAAACAGUUACACGGGAGAGCCACCAACAAGCGGAUUCAAAGACUGUCAAGCCUGUCCGGCUAAUAGUUUCACAUACCAGCCUGCUGCUCCUGGAGUAAAAUUUUGCCGAGCCAAGUGUGCUCCUGGAUUUUAUUCUGAUACUGGACUAGCACCUUGCGCUCCUUGUCCUAGAGAUUUUUAUCAGUCUCAAUCAGGUCAGACUGUUUGCCAAGAAUGUCCUACUAAUAUGAAAACUGAAGGCUCAGGUGCGAAAGGUAGAGAGGAAUGUAAGCCAAUACAAUGUACCGAGACUGCAUGUCAACACGGUGGCCUUUGUGUUCCUAUGGGUCAUGGAGUUCAGUGCUUUUGCCCAGCUGGUUUUUCGGGGCGUCGAUGCGAGGUUGAUAUUGACGAAUGUGCUUCUCAGCCUUGUUACAAUGGUGGCACAUGCAUCGAUCUUCCUCAAGGUUAUAGAUGCCAAUGUCCCCCUGGUUAUAGUGGCAUUAAUUGUCAGGAAGAAAAAUCAGAUUGUAAAAAUACUACGUGCCCCGAACGAGCCAUGUGUAAAGAUGAGCCGGGAUUAAAUAAUUACACGUGUUUGUGUAGGGCUGGUUAUACUGGAAUUGAUUGUGAUAUUACGAUUAAUCCAUGUACGGCUCAGGGAAAUCCUUGUCUGAACGGAGCAUCCUGUGUUGCUCUUCAGCAAGGAAGAUUUACAUGCGAAUGUUUACCUGGUUGGGAAGGUCAACUUUGUGAAGUGAAUGUCGAUGAUUGUGCAGAAAAACCUUGUCUUCUGGGAGCCAACUGCACGGAUUUAGUAAAUGAUUUUAAAUGUAAUUGUCCUCCAGGCUUUACAGGCAAACGUUGCCAUGAAAAAAUUGAUCUUUGCGCAACAAAUCCGUGUAAAAAUGGAAUUUGUAUUGAUAUGUUAUUUACUAGUCAAUGUGUAUGUAACCCGGGUUGGACAGGAGAAUUUUGCGAAAUAAAUAUUAAUGAUUGUGCUGGUCAACCUUGCGAAAAUGGAGGUAUUUGUAACGAUUUAAUCGAUGGAUAUUCUUGUAAUUGUGACUUGGGAUAUACAGGAAAACGAUGUCAGCAUUUGAUUGAUGAUUGUGCUUCUGAACCUUGCCAAAAUGGUGCCAGUUGUAUAGACAUGUUGGAUGGUUUUGUAUGCAGUUGUAGACCUGGUUUUGUAGGUUUGCAAUGUGAAGCGGAAAUCGAUGAAUGUCUUAACGAUCCUUGUAAUCCUGAGGGUAGUGACAAAUGUUUAGAUCUUGAUAAUCGAUUUGAAUGCGUAUGUCGAGAAGGUUUUACUGGAACUUAUUGUGAAACAAAUAUAGAUGAAUGUAGCCCUCAACCUUGUCUUAAUGGUGGAACAUGUAGAGACGAAAUUGGAAAAUUUAGUUGUUCUUGCCCGCCUGGUUGGACUGGGCCUAAAUGUGAAUUUGAUGUUGGAACUUGUCAAAACCGCCCGUGCAUGAACGAUGCUGCUUGUAUUGAUUUAUUUUUAGAUUAUUUCUGCGUAUGUCCUUCGGGUACCGACGGUAAGCAAUGUGAAACUGCUCCGGAAAGAUGCAUAGGUAACCCUUGCAUGCAUGGUGGACAAUGCCAGGAUUAUGGAAGCGGUUUGAAUUGCUCUUGCCCCUCAGAUUUCACGGGAAUCGGAUGCCAAUAUGAAUACGAUGCUUGUGACUCAAAUGCUUGUAAAAAUGGAGCGACGUGCGUAGACAGUGGACCAGGAUUUACUUGCUUAUGCUCUCCUGGUUUUACUGGAAAAUUUUGCGAACAAGAUAUUGUAGAUUGUAAAGAAAAUUCGUGUCCUCCAUCUGCUACAUGUAUAGAUCUAACUGAUAAAUUUUAUUGUCAAUGUCCUUUUAAUUUAACCGGAGAAGACUGCAGAAAAACUAUUUCAGUUGAUUAUGAUUUACAUUUUACCGAUAUGACUCGCAGUAGUGCAUCAUUACUUGUGCCUUUUAGCUUAGGACAAAAGAAAAGUUUAACCAUCGCCAUGUGGGUUCAAUUUUCAAACAAAGACGAAGGUGGUACUUUUUUCACUCUUUCAUCGGUCUCAUCACCUUACGUGCCUGUUGGUCGUCGAACAUUAAUUCAAGUUCUUAGUAAUGGCGUUCAAAUUUCUUUAUUUGAAGACAUUCAAGAUGUGUACCUGAGUUUCCGCGAAUAUGCUACCAUAAACGACGGACAAUGGCAUCACGUUGCUAUUGUUUGGGAUGGAGAAAAAGGUGGUGAGCUAACUUUGAUUACCGAGGGAUUGAUCGCUAGUAAAAUAGAAGGCUACGGUGGCGGAAGGACUUUACCAGAAAAUGGUUGGGUCACUCUUGGUAAACCGAGAAACGAAAGUCCGAAGGCAUAUACAGACUCUGGUUUCCAAGGUCAUUUAACUAAAGUUCAAAUUUGGGGAAGAGCAUUAGAUGUUACUGGAGAAAUUCAAAAGCAGGUUCGAGAUUGUAGAACUGAGCCAGUUUUAUAUCAGGGAUUGUUACUAAACUUUGCUGGUUAUGACGAUACAAUUGGCGGCGUUGAACGAAAAGUACCGUCACAUUGUGGUCAAAAAGUAUGUCCAAUUGGUUACACUGGAUCUAAAUGCCAAGAAGUUGAUGUUGAUAAGAUUCCACCAAGCGUUGAUCACUGCCCCGGAGACCUUUGGGUUAUUGCCAAAAAUGGUUCAUCUUUGGUUACGUGGGAUGAGCCGGAAUUCAGUGAUAAUGUUAAAGUUGUUAAAAUUAUCGAAAAAAGUAAUCAUAGGCCUGGACAAACACUCCUGUGGGGAACUUACGAAAUUGCUUAUGUCGCUUACGAUCAAGCCGGAAACAGUGCAACUUGUACUUUUAAAGUAUAUGUUUUAGCUGACUUUUGUCCGGAGCUCAAUGAUCCCGUUGGUGGAACUCAAAUUUGUAAAAAUUGGGGUUCAGGAGGACAAUUUAAGGUCUGCGAAAUUGCAUGCAAAUCGGGAUUAAAAUUUUCUCAGGAUAUUCCAGCUUUUUAUACGUGUGGGGCUGAAGGAUUUUGGAGACCGACUACAAAUCCAAGUUUACCAUUAGUAUAUCCUGCGUGUUCAGCUGCAAAACCGGCUCAAAGAGUUUUCAAAAUCAAUAUGCUUUUCCCAAGCUCUGUACUUUGUAACGAAGCAGGUCAAGGCGUCCUUAGGCAAAAAGUACGGAAAGCCGUCAAUUCCUUAAACAGUGAUUGGAAUUUCUGUUCUUACUCUGCAGAAGUUACAAAAGAAUGUAGAGACCUUGAUAUUGUUGUUAAAUGUGAUCAUCGUUUGAGAAAUGGCCGGGUAUUGGAUGACAGUAAAGGUUCCCACGAAUCAAAUGACGUCUUAUCCGUAGAAAGACUUAGUCGACAAGUAAGACAAGCAAGUGAUACGUACAGCGUAGAAAUUUCUUUCCCUGCUGCCAGUGAUCCAGUCAUUAAUACAAAUUCAAACGAACGAGCCAACGUACAAAGAUUGCUAGAAAAACUUAUUCUCGAAGAGGAUCAGUUUGAUGUUCAUGAUAUUCUUCCAAAUACUGUUCUUGAUCCGUCGUCACUGAAGCUUGAAUCCGAUUAUGCCUGUCCAGUUGGCCAAGUAGUGAUCGCUCCCGAUUGCGUCCCAUGUGCUGUAGGCAGUUAUUAUGAUCAAAACACUAAAACGUGUUUGCCUUGCCCAAUCGGAACAUAUCAAAGUGAAUCCGGGCAAACACAGUGUUCUACUUGUCCCAUCAUUGCCGGACGACCUGGGGUUACAGUUUCUCCGGGUGCACGUAGCGCGGCUGACUGUAAAGAACGUUGCCUCGCUGGAAAAUACUUUGAUCACGAAGCUGAGCUUUGCCGUAGCUGCGGACAUGGUUUCUAUCAGCCCAAUGAAGGAAGUUUCUCAUGUUUCCUUUGUGGUCUUGGAAAAACAACCAGAACAACCGAAGCCUUAUCGCAAGAAGAAUGUCGUGACGAAUGUGGGUCUGGUAUGCAAUUGGGAGUAGAUGGUAAAUGUGAACCUUGCCCAAGAGGUACUUAUCGUACGCAAGGAAUUCAAGCUGCUUGUCAAAGUUGCCCCCUGGGCAAAACUACACCGAAGAUUGGAGCCGCUUCCAUUGAAGAAUGCUCUUUGCCGAUUUGCCCACCUGGUACUUACUUAAAUGGUACUCAAAACAGCUGUGUUGCUUGUAAGAAAGGAACGUACCAACCUGAAAGUCAACAAACCAUGUGCCUUCCAUGUCCACCGAAUACUAGCACCAAAGGACCGUCUUCCACUAGCAAAGCCGAUUGUACAAACCCUUGUGAAAUCAGUGGUCCUGGAAUGCAUUGUCAUCGAAAUGCUCACUGUCUUUUAAUACAGGAAAUAAGUGAUUUCAAAUGCGAAUGCAAACCUGGAUUUACAGGAAAUGGAACUGAUUGUCGUGAUGUUUGCGACAAUUAUUGUGAAAAUGAAGGGGUUUGUGUAAAAGAUAGUAAAGGACAACCUUCUUGCCGUUGUAUCGGUUCAUUUACUGGAAAACACUGUGCAGAAAAGUCUGAAUUUGCCUAUAUUGCUGGAGGAGUUGCAGGCGGAGUUAUUUUUAUUAUUCUUAUUAUUUUAUUAGUAUGGAUGAUAUGCGCUAGGUCGGGUAGAAAGAAAGAACCCAAGAAGAUAUUACAACAUGCUGCCGAUCAAAAUGGAUCGCAAGUUAAUUUCUACUACGGAGCUCCCACACCUUAUGCAGAAUCAAUCGCUCCUUCCCAUCAUUCUACCUACGCUCACUAUUACGACGACGAAGAAGAUGGAUGGGAAAUGCCCAAUUUUUACAACGAGACUUACAUGAAAGAAAGUUUACAUAGUAACAAAAUGAAUAGUCUUGCAAGAUCGAACGCUAGUAUUUACGGGAAUAAAGAAGAUUUGUACGAUAGGCUCAAGAGGCAUGCAUACACGGGAAAAAAAGACAGGAGUGACAGCGACAGCGAGGGACAAUAG